AUGAACUUUAGGGAGAGUGUACCCCGAGAUGCAUGCAAUGAAGAAAUACAAGAAGACGAUGAUGCAAUAAGCCUACUAUCGCAGAAUGCGGGGGGAGACAAAAAUGGGGACUCCGAUGAGGUGAGGCGGCUUGAGCGGAGUAGAGAAGAUCUGCAUAGAGGAGAGCCUUACGGAGGAGAGGGGACCAGCCCCCGGAAGAAGGAAAAAGAGUGCAGCAAAAGAGACGCCGAUGGGAUUGACUCGAAACUCGGAUUUGACAUAACAAAUGUGUUGACACAUGCGUACCUCCCUGUGUGCAUAGAAAAAAUGAAAGAAGGAGAAUAUGUAUACAAAUGGAACAGCAAUAAUAUUUUUCAAAAGAAGACGUUGAAAUUUUUCUACCUAGAUGUAAAUAAUUAUUGCAUACGAUGGAAUUCAAAAAAAAAAAAAGUAAAAGAAAAUAAGAACCCAACUUUGUACAUAUGGGAUAUGAUAAAAAUAUUGGACGGAUCAGAAUCUUCCUUUUUUAAAAAAAAAGAAGAAGAAAAAAAUUUAUCCAUUGAAAUUAUAAGUUCCCAGAGAAAUUUGAAAAUUACCUUCCUCGACAUCCAGAGGUGGAAGAUGUGGCUUUUCGGCUUGAUGUAUUAUCAGUACAAGUUUAUUAACAAAGGAUCCGGCAAAAAAAAAAUGAAGUCAUUCAUAUGUGAAAGCAACAAACUGUACGAUAAUUACAUCAUAUCUGGCCUAAAGGAUAUCAAUGCAUUGACACUCUCCCAGCUCUACAUCAUUCUCAGGAGCCUGAACAUUUAUUUGAAUAUGAAAAUAUUGUAUCAUUACUUUUCAAUAUAUAAAAAUAAAGGAACUGUUAACUACGUAGGUUUUACCAAAAUUCUAGAGCACAUUUUUUCAAAUAAACAUAUUACCACACAUUUUGAUAUGUAUAAGAGGAAAGACUCUAGCUGUAUAGACAACAGGAACUUUAUCGAAUUCUUGAUUGAUGUACAGUGUGAGGGGAAAUGUGAGGAGAGGAUCUUCAAUGCGCGUUACGUGGACCGCCAAUUUUUUGUCCACGCGGGGAUGUGCGGAAAGAAGGGAGUACACGCGUUGUCCUCCAUGUGUGUGACAUUGAAUGGGGGAGACAACACAGGAGGAGUAGUACCCCUCGCAAUGGAUCCUACGCCAAGUGGUGGUACUAAAAAUGCAGAAAAUGACACUGAACAAACCCACCAGAAGAAGAAGGAAAAAGGUGAAAAUAACCCCUCCGGAGAAGCCAAUUCGAUUGGUAAGCACAAACCAAGAGGAGAAAUCGUCGCGGGUAAUUCCGUGAAGAACGAUUUUUGCAACUACCAGUGGGGAGGCACCUCUAUAAAAAAUAUGAAUAAGGGAGGAGUUAAUCAAAAUGACUUCCACUUCGGUAUGGACACUUUACCAAAUGCUUUACUCCUUCCGGACAAUUGGAUGUGUCAGGAUGAAGACUACAUCACCGUGUUAAAUAUACUGAGAGAAAAGCUAGGUUUCGGCACCGAAAAGCGGGAGGGAGGGAGCAAUGGGGACGGUUUCGCAACUGACGGGGGCUACCACAGCGAUGGCUUCAGUGGGAACAAAAGGUGGGACCGUGCAAACAGUAGGCGCGACUAUCGCAGCGGUCACAGGAGCGACAGCGGAGACAACACCAAAGUUAACAGUCGCUAUGGUGGAGAGUGCGCCGACACCACCCAGGAACACCAACGAAGCGCGCAAAACGAGUCCUACUACAUUAGAGCCAAAGCAAUAUAUAAACUGGUAAACACGAUAAAGAAGUAUAACAUCCCAUUUGUUAUGAUUAAUGAAGACAAACAUUACUUGACACAGAUCGGGCUGGUCUACUUCCUUCUGUCAAAGGAAAAUAGCAUAAUGUGUCCAGAGUAUUCCAAAGUUUACCAAAAUAUGAACCUACCUCUUUGUAACUACUGGAUUAAUAGCAGCCACAACACCUACCUUGGGAGGAAACAAAUCUUUAGCUCAAGCAAUAUCGAACAAUAUAUUUAUAUCCUCAUAGAUGGCUGCAGAUGUGUCGAAUUCGAUUGCUAUUAUUUUAAUAAAAACAUUGUUGUUUAUCAUGGCUUCUAUGGAUAUAAAUUAACCUCUUCCAUCCUUUUCUGUGACACCCUCAUUGCAUGCAAACUGUUCGGAUUUACCACCUCCCCCUUCCCCAUCAUCCUGUCAUUAGAAAUCCACUGCAAAAAUAAGCACAAAAAUUUGAUUGCUAAAAUUCUGAUAUGCAUCCUAGGGAAUCAGCUGUACAUCCCAAAGAGUAAAGACGAAAUUAAUAACAUCACGCCGGAAAACUGUAGAAACCGAUUUUUGGUGAAAUAUAAACACUUUGAGAAUAAUGACAACUCCGGAUUUUACUUCAUCUUUGAGGGUUUGCAGAGCGUAAUGUACGAUGAGCUCGGGUACAUUUCCGACAUCGUUGGCGACGAUGAUGAGGAUGAGGAGGAGCAGGAUGGUCCCUUGGAAGGCGUGCACAACCUUCUCCGUGGUUCAAGCGGAGAAAGCGGCGAUAGCGACAAUAGUGAUGAAAACAAAGUUGAGACAAACGAGGAUUGCCAUGCUCAGAGAAACCAUAACCGCCGCGAAAGGAGAAACCCAAACCACUGUGACGAUGACGACAUCGAGAAACAAUUCGACAGCUACAUAAAGAACAGCAUCCAGAAGGGGUACAUCCAUGAACGGAAGAAGCGAAGUAUUUACCUGAGCAGUCUGUGCCAUGACCCUGACGCUGUGGAGAAGGACCAGCGAGAUGAUUCCCCACACAGUGAUGACAACCCCCAAGUGGUAAAAGGCACGAAGCUUUCGAGGCACAAAAAGGGAAAAGGUCAUAGUAGGAGCUCCACUCGGGGGAAAGAUGAUAAUAAACCACGUAAUUCCCCUCCAAAUGGCAUCCCUAAAGAAGAAGAACAUGCCGAUGGUGGUGUCCCCCCCCCAGGUAGCCAAAGAAUCCUAAAUGAAAUUCCCGAAGAGGGAAAAAAAAAAACGGAAAAUAAAAACGCAAGAAAUAAUAACAUACUAAAUGAAUACUCCUGCUUGAAGGGAUACACGUUUCAGAAUUUUUGCGAAAAUAGGACAUACAACGAAAUAUGCUCGAUUAGCGAAAAUAAAUUUAUUAAGUUGAUUAAAAAGAAUGAAGAAGAGAUAAUAAAGUAUAACCAGAAAACGUUGACGCGAGUGUACCCAUCUGGGACAAGACUGGCAUCCACCAACUUUAACCCACUCAUUUUCUGGAGCGCAGGAAUCCAAUUUGUGGCGUUAAAUUAUCAGUACAAUGGACUCAGCAUGCUGCUCAACAAAGGAAGGUUUCUAGAAAAUGGAGGAAAGCACUCAGGGUACAUCCUAAAGCCGGAAAUUUUACGGUUUAAUGAAAAAAAGGACUACAACAUUUUGCACCUCGAUCUGCAGAUACUGUCUUUGCAUCAGAUCAACUUAUUAUUCUCCAUCAAAAAUAAAUAUCAAGAGAAAAAAUUAAAAAAAAAAUUAUUCAAAAUGGAUAUGAUACAACGUAUUCAGACACACAAAAAAAUUAACAAAAAAAUGAAAAAUUUUAAAGAUGUACAAAAAUUAGAAAAGGAAAAAAAAAAAUUUUUUUUCUCAGAUGUACAGUCAGAUGACAAUAAGAAGAAAAAAAAUAUAAGUCAUGAAUUUCUCAUGAAAAAAUUUAACGAUAAUGACAAUGACGUUAAUUAUAUUCAUAACAAAUGCUUGAAUGUGGAAGAGAAAUAUGAAGACAUGUUAUCUGAAUAUAAAUCCUUCCUACUGUGUUCUUCCCUCUCGCACAGCAGUAGCUUUAACAGCUGCAGCAGCAAUACUACUACGUCCAAUAAUGCUACUACCGAUUCGACUAAGGAUAAUUCAUCCAAGUCCAAAAAUACGAGUUUCUACCAAACUUUUGAGGAGUUGAAGAAGGCAAAUAAUUUGUUUUUCUAUUUGUAUGUCACCAUAUCCGUGCACGGCUACAAUGAGCACAAGUACUACUUCAAAACGGAGAUCGCCAAGGUCAAUUUUUACGACCUCAACUAUUGUUGGUCAAAGCCAUCAAUUUUCCAAAUGAAAAUAAUGUACCCCUCACUGGCCCUCAUUGUGUUUGAGCUGAAAACUUAUGACACCGUAAAAAGCGAACUCAUUGCUUGCGCGUGCUUCCCAGUUAAAUGCCUCCGAGAAGGCAUCCGAUUUGUUCCCCUGUGCGACAAAUACUUGAAGGACAUAAAAGGAUCGGGCAUUCUUGUUAAUCUAAAAAUUGGCGCAAACGGCAACUGA